AUGGGUGGCUGCAUAUCAAAAUCAGAGGAGGACCAGGAGCAGAGCACCAGGGGAAAUGGGUCAAGAAUGCGUUCAGCCAGGGAAAACAGGGGUUCCAAUGGUGUACCUGAAAAGGAUCCAAUAGAGUCUGGUGAUACCAAUAACGGGGUACCAGCUGCUGGUCAGAAAAAAGGUUCCAAUUCGGGCGCCUCGGGUAAGCAAAUUCCAAAUCACAACAAAAGCAUAGCGGCGCCCCCGGCCGCUGGCAAACGACAGCAGUCUGUGGUUUCGACCAAUAGUGCACAAUCCACUGGACCCUCGUUGGGAUCGCUUUCGAAAUCUGGUGGCGGAUCUACGGAUUCUAGCAAGGCUCUCAAAGUUCUUCUUUUGGGAUCCGGUGAGUCCGGUAAAUCCACCGUUCUCCAGCAACUAAAAAUCAUUCAUCAAAACGGGUUUUCCCCAGAGGAACUGGCGGAAUACCGCCCUUUUAUUUACGACAAUAUUGUGGAAACAGGCAAAGACCUGAUUAACGCCCGCGUUCGUUUCGAGGUGCCCCUGGAGGCUGACUCGGGACUCCAGGAAGAAGACCUACAAGAGGUGGUCAACUACAACACCCCGGGAUCCCAGCUGGCUGAGUUUCCAACCCGAUUGACCGACAUACUGGCCAAAGUAUGGUCUCUACCUUCCACUCAGGAUCUAAUCACCGGUGAACGAAGAUCGUCGUUCUACCUUAUGGAUUCAGCACGUUAUUUUAUGGAAGACUUGCAAAGGAUAUCUGAACCCACGUAUAGACCUACCGUUAGAGACGUACUACUGUCUCGAAAAAAGACGUCGGGGAUUUUCGACACAAUUGUUGAGAUGGACACAAAUCUUAAGCUGCACAUAUAUGACGUGGGCGGUCAAAGAAGCGAACGUAAAAAAUGGAUUCAUUGUUUUGACAAUGUCACUUUGAUUAUUUUUUGCGUAUCCCUAUCUGAAUACGAUCAAACUCUUUUGGAAGACAAGUCUCAAAACAGACUUGAAGAAUCGCUGAUCCUGUUCGAUUCCGUGGUCAACAGCAGAUGGUUUGCCAGAGCGUCCGUCGUUUUGUUCUUGAAUAAGAUUGAUGUUUUCGCCGAAAAAGUUCAGCAUGUGCCCUUAGAAAACUAUUUCUCAGAUUAUGCUGGUGGGAAGGAUAUAAAUAAGGCUGCCAAAUACAUCUUAUGGAGAUUCGUGCAACUUAACCGCGCCCACCUUAACAUCUAUCCACAUGUUACUCAGGCAACUGAUACGUCCAACAUCAAACUAGUCUUUGCUGCCAUCAAAGAAACUAUUUUGGAGAACAGCUUGAAAGACUCGGGUGUAUUGUAA